AUGUGAUGUUGUGAGCCGGGGUUGAAUCUGAGAGGUUCUCCUGCGUCUGAGUACUAAGUGCUCUCUCAAGAAAAAGGACUAGUCCCAUUUGGCUGCUCAAGAAACUAUUGGAGGACCCAGAAUGUCUUACGGAUCCAUUGACGCGGGAUCUUUUGGAAGCAGAAAUCCAUUUGGUGGGCCCACAAGGCAGGGAUACCAGCCAGUAGCUACGCAAGUCAGUCCUUCAGAGCUGCAAGAUGUUUUCCAGGAAACCUCCUCUAACAUCUUCCAGAUCAAUGCUAACGUGGUAACACUAGAGAAAAACCUUCAAUCGCUGGGAACAUCCAGAGACACAGCAGAGCUACGGCAGAGUUUACAUUCCACACAGCAGCAAACCAAUAAAGUCAUAACAAGCACAAGCCAACUUGUUAAACAACUCACUGACAUCAUCAGCGGGUCUUCACGGCAAGACAGGCUUCGUCUGACAAGACUCAAAACAGAGCUAUCCGAUUCUGUGCAGCGUUAUGGAGACCUGCAGAAGAAAAUUGCAGAUCGUUCGAGGGCCUUGCUUCCUCCUGCACAAAAGGACAGGAAACAGAGAUGAUGCUUUUAUGUGAGACUCUGUCACCUGCGGCAAUGUCUCUGAUCUUCCGUCUCCUUCCACAAUCCCCCCUGGAAACACCCGACCAGAGCAAUCAAACAGGAUGUGUAGUUCUAAUAUGAAUGCCAAGAACACAUCCAAAACAAACAACAUGUUGAGUUGUUAGUCAAGAGUAAAACGUUUGAACGCCAUGUUCUGCCGGAGUCUUUUUUUUCCCCGC